UUUGUCACCCUGGAUUGGUCGCUAGUCGAAUGAAGCUAAUUAUGCAGCAAGACUGGUGGUGACACGGGUUUUGAAAAGAACAACCGCCCGUCCUCUCAGGACAUCCCAACAUCCUUCGUCAGUCCCAACUUCUGACAACCGCCGCCUCCUUUUCCCUCGUCUCUCCCUCCAUAUCAUCGAAUCCACCUCUUAUCGACGGCUUCAAGGUCGUUGUCGUUCACAACCCUAACCCCUUGACAUCCAGGUCCACCAAGAGGGAUCGAGCGAGCCCGGCCUCUCUCUCCAUUCCCAUGAUUUGCCCGACUUUGAGCAAUCGAGGACCAAGAAGGACGACGGCAAGGAGGGGGUCUCGGGCCACACCAACACCCUUCGCCACGGUGCCCCGUCGAUCAGCUUCGACGUCUCCUACCAUGUUCCUGACUUUGUCUCCAUCAUCCUCAAGGGAGUGGUUUCUGGGUUUCGAAGUUUUCUUGUUAGUGGUUCUGUGAGAGAUGGCAUUUUGGGGGUAAUGGGGAGAGUGUUUUGGUGGUGCUUUCGAUUGUGGAAGCGUGAAGCUCUGAUCUUGGUAGUAGGUUUCUUGAUUCUGGAGUCGUUCAGGUAUGGUGCGGUUGAAGCGGUAGAUGGGGUAGGGCGAGUGGAGGGUUUGGAGGAGGCGCCGCCUCAUCUGGCAUCUUGGGUCGGGCGCCGGCGACAACCGCCGGCUAGGGAGGCAAGCCGAUGAUCGAGGAAGAGAGGUAUUUUGAAAAACAUUAGAUAUACAGCGGCACUAGAUUGAUUCAAUGAAAUAACUUGUGGGGGCUCAUUGAUACUCGAAAGAGUCCGUAUGUUUCCCUUCUUGUUGUGGAUAUUCACAUAGGACUGACGCCAGCCAGGCUCAUUUUUUUUUUUUCCUUUUUAUUUGGGCGUACGGCGUUGCGAGGACCAUGUCUCCCCGUGAGCCAUGGGCUCCACAUAUUUGGGGUGGUCGAAAAUUGAAGGUGGAAGUCGAACUUUUUCGGCAAUUCCCAAGCGCAAAUGUUACCUCCAAAUGAAAGUGGACUUCCCGCGCUCAAAGUGAUUCCAACGGUUCACUCACGCUGGGCGCCCGCGCAGCUUUUCGUCCGGGAGGAGACGUUGAAUGAUCCCCACCGUCCGCGUCUCCGAAAACAUGCCCAUCGCCCGCGCUUUCGAGUUUUCGAUGCCAUGAGUACGACAUCCUUUCCUUUAAAAACCCAAAACCUCACUCCGCGAGCGAGAGAGCGAGAGAGAGAGAGAAUGGCGGAGCUAGAGGGGUUCAGGAGAUUGCUCAACCCUUUGGUACUUAAUCUGCAGAAGAUGGAGUUGGAGCUCACGUGUCCUAUCUGUUUAAAGUUGCUUAACAUGCCAAGGUUGUUGCCAUGUAAUCACAUAUCUUGCAGUUCUUGUGUCACUAUUUCAACUAUGCAUGGACAUGACUGUCCUAUUUGUAAAGUACCUUUUCAUCAUCAAGAUUUGAGGCCUUCUAUUCAUGUUGAAAUAAUGGUGAACAUAUAUAAAAGCAUGAAUUCAGCUGUUGGUGCUAUCCUCACACAACGAGGGGAACAAGUUGCUAUCUCUGACACAAAGAUGCCUUCAGGUGGAAGUCCAGAUUUUGGUGACAGAAAUGAUGAGGAGAAAUCUGAAGAGGAACCAAUACAUAACAGGGACGGAGAGGGUUCAAAAUAUAUGCAAUCACAUGCACCAAUUUUUGGGAACUUUAGAACUGGGAAUCCAAGAUGUGUAGGGGAGAAAAAUGAGCCUGCAAUGAAUAUAAGCAAGAAAGAUGUACAAAGCAAUGGAGUGGAAGCAUUUCUUCAAGAAAAGAAACUAUACAGUCCACAAUCUUCUGGUGACCAGAAAGAGUCAGAUUAUGACAGCAAUGACAUGGGAAAUGAACCUAGAAAUGGUAAUGAUUCAUGCAAGAGAGGUUCAAAAGUUGGAACUAGUCAAACAGGAGAAGACUAUAUUAGAGACUCAAAAAGGCAGAAAUUGGGUAAUGCAGUUGAUGUUGGAGAUAUUACUGGUGAUGUCCAUGCUAAGGAAUUUUCAAUAUUUAAUUCUGAAUCUGUACAUGAACAUCAAAGAUGCCCAAAUAUUAAGUCAUUGCAUACAACUGUUCAUGAAGACAUGAAUGAGCUUUUUAUUUGUGCAUUUUGCCAUUCUACUAGAACCACUGAGGCUUCUGGACCAAUGUUACAUUAUAUUGAUGGAAAACCAGUGCCGGAUGAUCAAGCAUUGCAGCUCAAUGUCUUACACGUCCAUCAGAAAUGCAUUGAAUGGGCACCACAGGUAUUCUUUGUUGGUGAGACUGCUGUGAAUUUAGAUGCUGAACUUGCACGUGCAUCAAAAAUCAAAUGUAGCAGCUGUGGACUCAAGGGAGCAGCUCUUGGUUGCUAUGUCAAGAGCUGCCGAAGAAGCUUUCAUGUCCCAUGUGCUGCUGAUAUCCAAGAUUGUAGAUGGGAUGCUGAAAAUUUUCUUUUGCUGUGUCCUGUUCAUUUUUCACACAAGCUGCCAUGUGAGAGAUCAAAGGCUCGAAAGAAGACCAAGGCUAAUCGUUCCUUGUGCUAUUCCAGUUCACCAGGUGAUUUAACUUCACCUACAAAGCAACAGAGUGAUAAACUUUGGACAGCUUCACCCAGUGUGACUCAGGAAUGGUUGCUAUGUGGAUCUUCACUUUCUAACAUGGAGAAGGAUGCUCUAAAUGACUUUGUGAGCCUAACCGGUGCCUCUGUAACCAAUACGUGGAAGGCAAAUGUAACACAUGUGAUUGCUGCCACUGAUGAGCAUGGUGCUUGCAGCAGAACACUGAAGGUGCUCAUGGCUAUAUUGCGUGGAAAAUGGGUUCUAAAUGUAGAAUGGCUAAGAGCAUGCAUAAAGGCUGGGCACCCGGUUCCAGAGGAGCCUCAUGAAAUCAGCCAUGACAUUCAUGGGGCGUUUGAUGGACCCAGAAAUGGAAGAAUAAGAGCCAUGCAAAAGGCACCAAAACUGUUUACAGGAUUAACCUUUUAUUUUAGUGGUCAUUUUAUGCCUUACUACAAGGACCAUCUUGAAGAUUUGAUUGUUGCUGCUGCUGGAACUGUAUUGGAGAAGAGUGAAAUCACUCCUACAACUUUUAUUGUUUAUAGUACAGAACCUCCACAAGGAAGCAAUUCAGAUGGUCAGCAUGAGGUUAUAAAGAAGAGAAAAGAGGAGGCUGAAGAUUUAGCAGCUAGAAUUGGCUCUCGGGCCAUUCCUCACACAUGGCUUCUGGAUUCUAUUGCUUCCUGCAAUAUACAACUAAACUUGUAGACGAUUUGUCCAACUAGUUAAAAACUAUUGUUGAUGUUUCACGUCCAAAAAAUGUUCAUGUUAUCUGUACUACUUGCUCGAUGAAUUAUGUCCUAGUUCAUAUCUAUUCAUGUCGGUCUUUUCAA